AUGCAAUCUCAAAGCAACUCUGCCGCAGACCUUCCGGUCGCCCCGACCAUGGAGCGUUCAGGUCGUGCAGCGGAGCGCCACGGCCUACCAGAUGUCCAGCGUACUGGAUACCUCAUCCAGCACUAUAUUGCGGAGCUUGAGUCAUACGUUAAAGUACAGCAAAUGGUCUCCGGGGAGACCAGCUUGAUCAUCCAAGCCCUUGCCUCCGUCAUCACCAACCUCCACAACAUCAAAAAAAAGGCCGUCAUCACAACGAAGGACAUCGAACACGUCAUUGGCGUCGUCAAAGAUGCCAUGUCUGCGGCGAAUACCAGAUCGAAGGCUGCUGGCGAGAAGGAGGCUGAGGCCAUGGCUCGAAUCCGAGCGGAGACCGUGGCAGAGGGAAGUCGCUGCAAGAACACAAGCACCAAUAUCCCCGCCGCCGCUGCCUUCCUCCACAUCGUCGACACCCUCGACAUUGCCUAUCAUGAGUUGGGAAAGGCUCUCCAGGCGUCUCAGCUCCAAUCUUACCGCACCUUGGAGAGGGAGAACACCCGGCUCCAGUUCAAUCUGGCCGCACAGGAAGACACCAUUACUCGCUUGGAGCAAGAGAUUGCGGAGCUCAAGCAAUCCAAAGACAGUUCGUCUGAGGGGACCUUGAUUAAUCUGCUGGACUAG